AUGCAGUUAGAUGAUGACAGCGCGUGGCAGCCAUUGGUGCAACGGGCAGCUUUGGCCAGACGGACAAAUAACACUGCAGGGUUGUUGGCUGCCCUUGAAGAUAUUUUACAGAACAUGCGAAGCCAGGAGAAGCAUAGAGGAGAGCGAGCAACGCGGACGAAAGAGUUGGAUUCCAGUAUGUCCAAAGAAUUUGGAGUUGAAAGUAUGACCACGUGGUUGUGCCCUCUUCUGUUGCGCUAUGAACUGGCUACUGUAGCUGAAGAGCUAAUUGAGGAGCUAGCUGCUGCCAAAAAAGAAGAGAUUCUCAGCGUUGAGCUCAAGCACUUGGGGUCCAUUCAGCUAUGUACAGCCAAAGAUGUAUCUGACUGGACCAUGGCAGAUGGACGAUUCAUUUGGCACGGUGCCCAUGCAUGUUUGCAGCUCAUCAUGGAUGGACGCUUGAAUAUCAGGGAGCAGCGCGUGUUGGAAUUGGGCUGCGGCUUGGGGAUUGUGGGCCUGGCUUGUGCUAAAGCUGGUGCCAGAGCAGUGACCUUAACAGACUAUGAUCCGGAGCUGCUCAGUGCCUGUUCCCAGAGCAUAGCCUUGAACUGCCUGGAGCAGGUGACCACUUUGAUGUUGGACUGGCAGCAGGUCUCCUGUGGUGGGCCGUUGCCGGACUUGCAGACUGACUUGAUCCUGGGGGCUGACAUUAUCUACGAUGAGGACCAUGCGAAGAGUGUCCUUGGAUCCAUUCGCAGGCUCUUGCGAGAAGGGAUCGGCCAUGAGGGCAUCUUGAUUACAGGCGAGCCUGAGAAGCGUCAAGGUGUUUCUGAACUUGACAAGGCGCUAUGCAUUCCAACGGUUUCAGAAGUCGUGUGCAGCGGAGAGUCUGAAUCAUUGCUGUGGCAAGUCAGCCUGUUGCCGGAUGUGGCAUUGGCCGAGCGCACCGUCAAAGAAGCCAAGAGUGUGGCCAGGAAAGCCCGGCACCUGGAUUCACCUGGUACGCGGUGUGAGAAGUUCGGGUGCAAAUCCCAGCGUUACGAGCAGGCAUGGUCUUCAACAUCCGAAUGGGACUUGGAAGUGCUGUGGCGGCCCUGUGGAACAAGCUCAUGGCCAGAAUGGGCCAACCACAGUGCAGCAACGCAGGGCAAAGCUGUUCUUUGUGAGUAUGGUCCCACCCAGAGGGUCUUGGCCUUUGCCAAAUCAGGUGAUGCCAAACGUGGCUUUCUGCUGUUGACCCGAAGUGGUGAGAUUGGCAUUUACACCCAGCGUGGCUUUCAAACCGCAUCCUUCCCUUGGCAGGAGUUGCGUGUGGAUCGCUGGCAUUCGCUGAGGGCAGUAGGUAGCAAUGGCAGCACCACUUUUUACUGCAAUGGCCAGCAGGUUGCGAAGAUUCCAUCAGAACCUGACAAUCACUGGCCAGAAAGGUUCUGUGGGGACAUCGAUGCUCGUAAUCCACAAGGGGCCGGCUUGGUUCAGUGGAUACGUUUUCAGGUGCAAGAAAAUUCUGGAAGCUGUCAGACAAUGCAACCAAUGGUUUUCCCUGUGGUCCGACGGCCUAAGCUCGACGUCCACAAUCAAGGACUCAAGGCAACAGACCUGACUGCGUUGCAUCGCCAUAAAUCCCGCAGCAUGUGCUCGCGGAGCUUCGUUGUUCAGAAACGAGGGGCCAAGUCUGUGGCCAGAUAUGACUUGGGCGAUUCUCUGGGCAGCGGUUCAUUUGGUGCCGUGAUGAAGGCCACCGAUCGGAUCUCCAACGCCUCUCGUGCCUGGAAGGCUAUGAGGAAGGGAAGCUCUGCUCGGUUCAGCACGGCUUUGAAUUUGUCCUGUUUGUCCCGUGUGUCCCGUGUGUCCCGUGUGUCCCUGUUUAUUCGAAAUUCUUCGAACGGCUGGGCAGGCCGUUUAUUCGAUGUGAUCGAGGACAAUGAGCACUUCUAUUUUGUCAUGGAACUCUGUGAGGGCGGCGACCUGCAGCACUACCUGCAGGAUUGCAAAACGUCUUGCAUAUCCGAGAGUUCAGCCGCAAGCCUUAUCCGACAAAUGUGCUGUGCCAUGCGUUAUAUGCAUGGCCGGUUGAUGGCACAUUCUGACUUUGCUGCCCGAAAUGUUCUUCUAUUCGAGAGUCCUUCAGAUUCUGCGCUUGGGAACUUCACAGCCAAGCUAGCAGACUUUGGAAGUGUCAGACCCGUUCAAGCAGGAGCCAAAGCUGGGCCUCACAAGGGCGACAUGUGGGGCUUGGGUCUCUUGAUGCGAGGAAUGGUUUGCGACAUCACCCGGAUACUUGGAAGUGCACCGGCAAACAAGAACAAAGUGGAUCCAAAUAUUUGGCUGGGCCACUCAGAAGAGGCUCGGUGUUUGUGUGGGCGUCUGUUGCGUAGAGAUCCCGAAGCAAGAUGGACAGCUGAAGAGGCUUUGCAUCACAGCUGGUUCUACUCAGUGGAACUGCCACGGGCUGAAAUCCCAGCUGAUGUGCUGCAACGCUUUCAGCGCUUUAGCUCUGCAAGCGUCCUUGUUCAGAGCAGCCUUCAGGCAGUUGCGGAGCAGGGCCAGGGGAAUGAAGCCCUUUUUGCCGCUUUGGAUCAGAAUUGCGACGGCUACAUUUGCCACAAGGAUCUUUACCUCUGCCUAAGCCAACUUGGGCAAGAUGUUUCGGAAGAAGACCUGCAGAAGUUGGUUCAAAAGGUGGAUCCCGAUGAUGUAGGAGCCAUCGAGCUCAGCUGCUUCAAAGCAAUCAUGCUGAAGGAGAAGCAAGCCGCGAGCAAGCACUGUUCCCUGGCAGCAUUUCGCAUCAUGGACAGAGACAUGGAUGGCAAGAUCACCGCUACAGAUUUGCGAAAGAUCUUCCCCAAAAUGACGGAGACGGAAGCUACGCGCAUGAUUGCAGCUUCAGACCUCCAGGGGAACGGUAUCGACUUGUCUCAAUUUCGAACCAUGCUCCAGCAGUACUUUACCUCAGAAUCUCAGAUAGACUGGCCAAAACCAGCUUCCAAGAGCGAGACGUGGCGGAAAGCAAAGCUCCAAGAACUGGAACCCCAUUACUUCCGAACGGUUGAUGAUGACGAUGAUUCUCACUCAAGCUGUGCCGCUUCCAGUAUUAGCAGCAUUUCCCAAACAUUGUCCCACUUUGAGAGUGGCUCCGACUCUGAAGACUUAGAGGAGGAGGAGGAAGUCCAAAAGGGUGGAUUGCAAUCGGGGUUUUCCGAUCGGCAGCUUCCAGGGGCCCCGAAAGUCAAGUUGGCCAAAGCUGAAAACCUCAGAGUGGAAGCCACUGUCAAGGGUGAUGCUCUCCGAGGCCUGGGUGCCAGCUCGCAAGUUCCUAGCGCCUUGUGUUCUGAAAGGAGGUUGGCUCACAUCUACUUGGAGAAAUCCGACAUGUCUGGUGAGAUUGGAGGCCGUUCAUUCUUGGAUCUGGCCGCUCGUGCUUGCGCCGAUGCAGUGGCUGCAGCAGGUAAAGCCAGGAUGCUCCGCACUUGGGGCCAAGCACUUCUUUUCCGCGGUCGGGCCAUGCUAAGACUGGGACGUCGCACAGAGGCUUGGCGCAGUGGAGUUGAUUCGGCCAACAGAUGCCAGGAAGCAGGCGAUGGACCUGGGCUUUGUCGCGCCUACAUCCUUUGCGGCGAGAUCCGGAUUGAGAAUGGCGAUCUCAGUGGUGCGCAGGAGAUUCUGGAGCAAGCGCAGGACAUUGCCCAAAGAUGCAAUGAGGAGGAACUUGGAAAGCAAGCUGAAGCUCUCCUGGAGCGCACAAAGAUCAAGGCUCCCGUGGCUGUCCAGCAGAUUGAAGAUGAAGUUGCUGUCGCCAAGGAAGAAACCGUGUCUCAAGUGGCAGCUAGCUCAGUGGCAGCAGCACCGGCAAAGAAGGGCUUGGACCCUGUGGUUGUCAGGAAAACAGUCAUGAAGCUUGUGCAAGAUGCAAUUGCAGAUGAUGGUGAAUUGGAAGUGGAUAGCCCAUUCAUGGAAGCUGGUAUGGAUAGUCUUUCCAGCGUCUCUUUGACCAGCAUGUUGGCGAAGGAGUUUGGUAUGGCAAUGAGUCCAUCCCUGGUCUUUGACUUCCCCAACGUCAGAGCUUUGGAGGAGCACCUUAUCCAGGAGUACGAGAACCAGUGA